GCACUGCUGUGGUAAACAAGCGCGGACCGCCGCCGUUUCAAGCAAUUAUAAAUCCGGAUAUUUAGCUAUUUGUCCCGGGUACUUGCCCCACCGUUUCCCGUUGCUUUAGCCCAUCCCCUAUCCCCUUAGCCCCCGCCCACCUUUCGGUAUGUUGGCAAACCUUCAAGGCCGCAGCGUCCACUUGUUGCGUCACAGCCUCCAAAGCGGCAGAAGGAGCUGGCGGCGAAGCUGGGCGAGCACGGCGGCCGACGGCGACAGCCUGACCAUUGGAGAUGUGACGGUGCCCCUGAGCAGGCCCAAGGAUCCGCAGCUGGUGCCGCAGCAAUAUGUUAAAUACGCACCCGAUGGCACCCUCCAGCUGACGCAGUCCGCCCUGCACCACCUGCGCUGGAUGCUGCAGAAGGAUGCCCUGCGGCAGGACAUGUUUCUGCUGGGACAGCCAGGUCCAAGGCGCCGCCAGCUGGCCAUGCAGUUCCUGGAGCUGACGCAGCGCGAGGUGGAGUACGUGGCCCUCAGCCGGGACACGACCGAGAGCGAUCUGAAGCAGCGCCGCGAGAUCCACAACAAGGCGGCGGUCUAUCACGAUCAGGGCGCCGUGCGGGCGGCGCUCAAUGGCCGUGUCCUGGUCCUGGACGGCGUGGAGCAUGCCGAGCGGAAUGUGUUGCCCAUUUUGAACAAUCUUCUGGAGAACCGGGAGAUGCACCUGGAGAGCGGCAAGUUUCUGAUGUCACCCGAGCGGUAUGACAAGCUCCUGGAGCGGCACUCACGCCAGCAGCUGGACGAGUGGGGACUGCUGCGUGUCUCCGAACAGUUCCGGGUGGUGGCCCUGGGCCUGCCCACGCACAAGUACAAGGGCACACCGCUGGAUCCGCCGCUGCGCUCCCGCUUCCAGUCGCGCAACGUGACCGCCUACACCUACGGCGAGCUGUACGAAGAACUACAGCAGGAGGUGGCGCCCGGCUCUGUGCCCGGCGAGCAGCUGAAGCAGCUGCUAACCUUCGCCCUGACGCUGCAGCAAGCGGAUCCAGCCCUCCAGCUGCCGGACUUUCCGCUCCACAACCUGCGCCUGGGCGUCCGGAUGCUGGAGACCAAUCGGGCGCUCAGCCUUUACGAUGUCCUCAGCCGCAUAUAUCCCUAUCAGGCGAUGCUGAAGGCCGACCAAAGGAAGCGGGUGGAGGAGCUGCUCAAGAAGCUGGAUAUCCCAUUGAUUCCCAGUCCAGGCAUCAAUAGAAUCGCCGCUAGUAAAUCGGGUGAAAACGCAUCCCAUAUCCGGCUGCAAUUAGACGACGGCCUGGAGCUGCAACUGCCGGGUGGAGGACAGCCGGUGACCUCCUCUAACUUUGUGGAUUUGCCGCACCAAAGACAGGCCCUAGCCAGCCUGCUCCAGGCCUAUGCCGUUGGCGAUGUCUGUCUGCUGGGGGAGAAGGGCGUGGGCAAGCUGACCCUGACCAAGGAGCUGAUCCGCCUGUUGCAGCAAAACUCGGAGCCGAUGAUGCUGUACGAGGACAUGACCAGCCGGGAUCUUGUCCAGCAGCGCAUCACCAGUCCCGUUGGCGAUACCGUUUGGCGGGAUUCACCUCUGGUGCGGGCCGCCAAGUCGGGCUCCGUGGCGGUGCUGAAUGGGUUGCAUCGCCUCCACAAGAGCACGGCCAGUGUGCUGCAGCGCCUCAUCCACGAUCGAGAGCUGCAGCUGUGCGAUGGCACCACCCUGCUGGGUGCCCAGCGCUACCAGGCUCUGAUCCAGCAAGGUCUCUCCGAGGAGCAGCUCAGGGAUCGGGGCUUCCUGCCCAUGCACGAGUCCUUCCGCAUUGUGGCCUUGGCGGAACCACCACGUCCCUCUGGCGGAGGCAGUCAAUCCAAUUGGCUGACCCCGGAGCUGCUCAGCCUAUUCCUGUACCAGGAGCUGCGUCCGCUGCGCCACAGCGAAGAGCAGGCGCUGCUAACCGAACUGUGCGGUGUCGAUGGUGAGUUGCCCGCGGGCCUGGAGCCGCUUCUGGGGCUAGCCCAGUUGCUGCGCUCAUCGCAGGACCCGCUGCUGCAGGGAAUGUCGGGAACGCUGUCAACCCGGCAACUCCUAAAGCUGGGACGCCGGCUGGCUGCCUAUCCACAGCUGAGCGGGUCUAGUGACGUGAACGAAAUGCUGCAGAACACAUUCCUGGCCAGAUUUAUGCCGGCACUGUCGCGAAGUGCCCUGGAAGAGGCCAUCCACCAGGUGGGCAUCACCAGUCAGGGUCAGGAGAACGCACAGGUGAGGAGGAGGGGCAGCCGACAGCCGGCGGAGAUAGCAGUGGAGGACAAUGCCCUGAGAAUCGGAGCCACGCGCUGGCCUCUAGGUAAUCCCACAGAGGCCCAACUAUCCAAGGUACCCAGCACCCUGUUCUACGAGAUGCCGCAGCAUGUGCAGCUCCUGGAGCGCCUGCUGCAGGACUAUCUCAUCGGAGAGCACCUGCUGCUGGUGGGCAACCAGGGCGUGGGCAAGAACAAGCUGGUGGAUCGCCUCCUGGAGCUGAUGCAGCGCCCCAGGGAAUACAUUCAGCUGCACAGGGACACCACCGUCCACAGUCUGACGCUCCAGGCGACGCUCAAGGAUGGGCAGGUGUCGUACGAGGACAGUGCCCUGGUCCAGGCCGUGCGAUCGGGUCACGUACUCGUCGUGGAUGAGGCCGACAAGGCGCCCGUCAAUGUAACCUGCAUCCUGCGGACUCUGGUGGAGAGCGGCGAGAUGGUGCUGGCGGAUGGGCGGAGGAUUGUGCCGCCCGGUGCGGGGGGGAGGGUGCCCAACUCCAUCGAGACUCACCCAGAUUUUCGGCUCAUCGUCUUGGCCAAUCGUCCCGGAUUUCCCUUCCUCGGCAACGACUUCUUUGCUGCUUUGGGCGAUGUCUUCAGCUGUCAUGCCAUCAGCAAUCCGGAUCCCGAUUCGGAGAUCUUUCUGCUGCAGCAGUAUGGCCCCAAUGUGCCCAAGAAGACGCUGCGCACCCUGGUGAACGCCUUCGGGGAGCUGCGAACGCUGGCCGACGAGGGAAUGCUUAACUAUCCGUACUCCACCCGCGAGGUGGUGAGCAUUGUGAAGCAUUUGGAGCGCUAUCCAGAGGAGAACAUGUCCGAGGUGGUGGGCAAUGUCCUAGACUUUGAUCGCUAUCAGCCGGAGGCCCUGCAGCAGGUCAACCAGGUGCUGGCCAAGCACGGCAUCGAGUCCUACGCCGAGGAGGAGAUGAUCCUGGCCAUGCGCAGGCAAAAGACGCUCCAGGCGACCGUCAAGCGACACAGCGGCCUGGGCGUGUCGGGUCCCAAAUUCGGGAAGCUGGAUCCCAAAAACGAGCCCCAUGUCGGUGGCAAUACAUGGGCGGGCGGCAGCGGCGGACGCGACACAGCCGGACUGGGCGGCAAGGGUGGACCCUUUCGGCUGGACAAGGGCCACAAGGUCCAUCAGCUGAGCGACGAAGAAAAAGCGGAUGUGCCCGAGGAGAUCAAGAAGGCGGCCAGGGAGAUGAAUCGCAAGGCCUUCGAGGAGAAGCUCAAGGAGAUCAAGAUGUCCGCCCACGAUCACCAGCUGUAUGCCCAGUUCAGUGAGCCCAAUCGCAAGCAGGUGCAGCAGCUGAAGGCCAUCCUGGAGGCCAUGCAGACCAAGAGCAAGGAGCGCCAGUGGCAAAAGUAUCAGACCCACGGCGACCUGGAUGACACGCGUUUGGUGGAGGGCAUUACCGGCGAGAAGAAUAUCUACCGCAGGCGGGCAGAGGCCAAUCCCUGGGCGGAUCACGUCCAGGAGAAGCCCAAUCGGCUCAAGCUGGUCGUGGAUGUGUCGGGUUCAAUGUACAGAUUCAAUGGCUAUGACGGCCGACUGGACCGGCAGCUGGAGGCGGUGGUGAUGGUUAUGGAGGCCUUCGAUGGCUUCGAGAAGAAGAUCGUCUACGACAUUAUCGGCCACAGUGGCGAGGGCUGGGAGAUCCCCUUUGUGACGGCCGGCCGGCCGCCCAAGAACGACAAGGAGCGCUUCGAGGCCAUCCGCAUGAUGCAUGCCCAUUCCCAAUUCUGCUGGUCCGGCGAUUCCACGGUCAAGGCCGCACGCGAAGCCUGCUCCACGCUGGGCGCCGAGCAGGACUACGACAAUGCCAUUGCGGUGGUCCUGAGCGAUGCGAAUCUAUCCCGCUAUGGCAUCGCCCCCAAGGAUCUGGCCAUGGCCCUCAAGCGGGGCGAGCCCAAGGUCAAGGGUUAUGUCAUCUUCAUAGGCAGUCUGGCCGAGGAGGCGGAUGAAAUCAAUGCAGCAAUGCCGGCGGGCCAGAGCUUCGUCUGCAUGGACCUCACCAAGCUACCUCACAUCCUGCAGCAGAUAUUCACCUCCUCCCUGCUGUGACCUAGUGCAAUUUUGAGAUCCCCGCUGGAAUCAGCGGGCUUAGAUCAAGUCUAUCUGUUGAAUUUAGUGUUGAUAAUUCCAUUCAUUUUUAGUCUUAAGCCAGAAUUGAGUCUUGUUUUUUCAUAGGAGUAAGAGAUGUUUUAUGUUUAUUUGAAUAGCAACUUUAGCCACAGAGCCAUGAGAAUUGAGUCCUGUUUUUGAAACCAAUGUGUACAGUUACAAAUAAACCACAAAUAAUAUUCAA